ACCUGUGGCUGUUCGCAAAGCAUAUGCUCCCCUGGAGGAGAGCUGGGCUCGUUUGCACUCCAGAACGCUGUGUUUGCCUUUGGAGCAGGGACACUGCCAAUCCUGGCGCUCAACUCGUGCGCAGAUCAGUUUUUAGCGUGCGGAAGUGUGUGAAUUCUAGGAAUUGAGUUAGAAAAACAAAGAACAUAUGUGUGCUGCGUGCCUGGCUGGGCCAAACGGUGAACUCUGCCGUGCUACGUGCGGGAAGCCAAGAGCUGAGCAGAGGGUUGGAAACAGUGUGUGUGGCUGAGCAGGGCCCAGCCCCACGUGGAGAGGCUCAGGGCAGGGAAUAAUGCAAAAUUCCCCGAAUAGGAUGCUCCAAGAAUGGGCAAAUAACGGCAAAAUAAACACAGCCAUGGAGGCAACACUCAUCUUCCUCUGCUCUCUGCUGGUGCCAGUGGCUGUGGCAGACGUGGCCACCCAGGAGAAGGAGAAGGAGGAGGAGGACCCCUUUAACUAUGAUUACCAGAGCUUGAGGAUCGGGGGGCUGGUGUUUGCCGUGGUCCUGUUCACUGUUGGCAUUCUCCUUAUACUCAGCAGGAGGUGCAGGUGCAGUUUCAACCAGAAACCCAGGGCUCCAGGGGAUGAGGAGGCUCAGGCAGAGACCCUGAUCACCUCGAAUGCAACGGGGGCACAGAAGGCAGAGAACUGAAGAGGAUCCAUGCGACCCAGAGACCCGAGGAGAGACGCUCGGAUCGCAGACACCCGCGGCCUGCGAGGAAACUGAAAUCACAGCAGCAGGUCCCUCUCAGGAGGCACAAAGCUGCCGUGUCUGUGUUACCCUCUGUACUCCAGCACCGGUUCUCUGUUUCCUAACCCGACUAAACUCCGCUCACCGCCCUCUCUGCCUCCCGUGGUGUGUAAUGUUGCUGUGAGAUGAUCAUUACCUCUAGGGCUAGUUGUUGCUGAUGUUGUAAUCGUGACUUUCUCUUCACCUUUCUCGUGCUGUGCGUGUGAUUCGGGCUCUGUAGGACUGGCAGGCGCUGCCAUUUGGGCUGCCCUCCAAGCCUGGGAACAGGGGCCGUGUGGGGCAGGGAGCGUGGGCUGUGGGGCAGGGACACCCUGUCCCCCAGCCCAGAGCCCACGUGCUGGUGGUUCCCCUGCUGGCUUUGGGCAGGGCUUGGGUACCCACAACGCCCCAGGGACCUGCUCAGUGUCGCCGUUUCAGCAAUAACCCCCUGCACACCCCCAGCCCAAAGGCAGCUGUGGCAGGGGGUGAGUCGGGCAGGGACAUCCCAUGGCUUGGCUCCCCUCACUGGGAGCACUGGGGGGCUGGAUUCGAGGCUGAAGGGAGCUCUGCUGUCUCUCCUGCUUGGCACUGCCCAUUCCUGUCCCUGGCUAAACCCGUGGGAUGCUGCUUUAGAGUGAGGAAAGGCUGUGGUGGUGGCAGAGAAGCCCGUGAGGUUCCCAGCACGGUGACACUGUGACAGAGGGUGGCUGCACAGCGGUGCCCCCACUAACCAGCACAAACCAGCUCCUUGCCUGCACUCUGCCCAUGGACAGAGCUGGGCAGGGUACACAGUCCGAGGGCUACAGAGAAACAAAAUCCUGUCCGUGCUUGUCUCCGACAGGGAAGGGGCAGCUCCCUGCCCCUCCUGCUGCCUUGUCGCUGCCUGUGCCACCCCUGUCAGUGCUGAGUGUUGUCUUGUGGUGGUUCCGUGUCACUCCCAGUGCCAGCUGCCCCUUCCCCCGUGGAGCAGCAGCAAGAGGUGGUCUUGCACACCUGAGCUUGCACUGUGGCAACAUGCUGAGUCCACAGUCCCUUGUCACCUUGUGUUUGCUCAUGGGUCAGAGGCAAAACUGUGGGUUUUGGCCCUUCCCCAAGGCCAUGGACAGGCAAAGCCUUGGCUGGAGCUGGGCACUGCCAGCUUGGGUGUGGGGUACUUUCCUGGGCAGCAGCAGGGCAUCACCAGCGCUGCACUGAAACACCUCAGGGUGCCAUCCCCACACCAGGAAGGGGGUCUUGUCCUCCAGGAUGGUUUUGAGAGGGGUUUCUGCUGUGCCCAGCCUGCUGUGGUGGCCCUGCCUUCAGGGUGGGCUGUGUGCCUGGUGUGCCUUGGUGGCACCGGGAAGCUCUGUCCCAUCUGUGCCAGGCAGAGGGAGCGUGUCUCUAGUACUGUGUCCCUUCCCCAGUACUGUGUCCCUUCCCUCCCUCCUGGCCUGUCAGAGAUCUCCCAGGCAGAGCAGACCCCCGGCCCGGCCCCUGAGUGCCAGUGGUGUGUGUCCCUCAGAGUGCCUGUGCUGUCCAUAGUGUGCCAUCGGUGUUAACACGAAACAAAGAGACCCCUGUGGUGUGUAAAAUGGCCAAACCCUGACUGUUGUAAAAUAAACUGAGCUAUUGUGUUUCCUUUUAAA